CACACUUGCGCAGUUAUGCUUCGUCUGAGAAUGGGGAGGAGUGGGGAGGAUUCUCGCCAGAAAUGUUAACUCGUACCUCGAUUUUGUCCCUUUGUCAUGUUAAUCUCCAUCUUAAAGAAGUCCGAACUGCUCUCAACAAGAGUAUGACAGAAGACCAAGGGCAAACUAGUCCCACUGAUUGAACAACUUGACAAUGGAGAGCUUGCUUCCUCAAAGCAGCACUGCUGUUCCUCUGGGCUGUGACACAGAUUGUGUGGAAAGGGAGAAUGGCAGCACAGAGUGUGGAGCUGUGUUGAGGCGUCGUUCCAGGGCGGAGCUGCAUGGUCUGAUGGAGACACUGCAGCGCAGGAAGAGUGCCCUGGAGGCCAGUCUGAGAGCUGCAGAAUGCAGCCGGGGCUACCUCAGUGUUCCUCCCUCUCCUAACCUCCCAGGGAACAUACCCUCUCUGCACCUCCAGGGGGAUAUACCCUCUCUGCAGGAGAAGUUUCUCCUGCCCGGCGCUGCAGAGUGGCGCUCCUCGUCCUCUUCCAGAGCUCUCCCGUACCUAACAAGCAGCAGCGUACCCCCCUCACCCCGUGCCCCCCCGCGCCACCAGUCACAGGACAGUCUGCUUCUGUCUAGCCUUGUCGACGGCCAGCCACCUCAGACAGCCCUGCUUUCCAUGUGGAGCCCAGGGAAGCCUCGACCCCCCCGGAGCCACAGUGGGGCUGCCAGCAUGCCCUCCAGCCCCUGUCUGGGCCGCAGGCGCCACCUGGGAGAUCCUACACAGGAGAACACCCUCCGCCAGAGGAAGUACUCCACUGGAUCCCUCAAGGGCCUGGGCCUGCACAGCCGCUCACUGCCCCGGCUCCACGCAGACAGCCCGGUUUUGUCCCUGCCUCUCUCACACCGGGGAGGAGAGGCGAUGCUGACCUCUAAACCGCGCCGCAGCCUGGCGUCUCUGGAGCGCCCCCCAGACGUGACAGUCCCUGCCUGUGACCCUGAUGCCCCCCGCCGUGCCAGCCUAGCAUCUCUCGGCCUGCCGGCCUGCCAGCUGCAGCGUGGAGGGGGACUGCAUGGCUCAGCGCCCUGCCUGGAUCUGGACCUGGGAGACAAGAGGCUGUCGUUCAGGAAGGCAGGCUUGUCAGCAAGCCAGAGGAGAGGCAGCAUCAGCUCCUUCAAUGGGAAGGAGGAACUACGAGACUACCACCAAAGACAGAGGGGCGAGAGGCUCAGGGAGCAGGAGGUGCAGAGACUGGAGCGGCAGCGUCUGAAGACCAUCCUGAGUCUGUGCUCAGAGUUGGACCUGGUUGACAGAGAUCAGGGGGGCUCUGUGGUAGCUGCCUCCGACCUGCGCAAAAUCAACAAGGAGCUUGAGAAGCUGAACAUGUCUAAUGAUGAGUCCCUGUUCUCAGAUUUGGCUAACUCUACUCCAGUAAAUGACUCAGAGCCCAAGGCCCUGGAGAAGUGGCAGGUCGGUCAUUACGGGGAGCACAGGUCCCAAUGUUCUGCUGUUCAUCCCUGUACCAAGGCAGUGAGUGAUGAACUGAGACAGGAAGUGACGAGUAUUGAAGAAGAGAGGAUCCAGGUGCUGAAUAACAUUGAAGAGCUGGAGCAGAAGAUUAAAGAUCUGGACAACCAGAUGGAGGAAUCCAUGAGAGAGAUGGAUGUUGAGCAGGCUUUGCUGGAAGGAGAGCAGGACUCUGAGAGCUCCCUUCUGCAGAGGGAGAAGGAAGUUAUGGACCAACUCAACAAGAAGAUUGGAAGCAUCAAGGACAAAGCCCAGAGAGACCAAUUCCAGGGUGUGCCUGAGAUGGAGACUGGGCUCCAGCCACUAGAGAACGACGGCCAACAGGAUGAGAUGAAGGACUACGAGACCCAGCAACUCCUCAGAGAAAUAGCAGAGUACCAACGCAGUACUGUCAGUCACAAGGAAAGGCUCCUGACUUUAAAGAAACAGUUGACACAGAUAACUCAGCAAGGUCACAGAGAGAAGGAAACCUUUCUGAGAGAGAAGAACAACUUGUUCAUCGUGCUCCAGAGAGAGAGAGAGAACCUGUCUUCCUUGGAGAGAAAAUACAUUGAGUUCACUGGAGGGCAGGCUUUCCCCAACAACCGCGUAACCAUGAAAGAGCACUUUGUUUCCCUGGAGGAGAGACGGAGGGGCAGCCAGGAGACUGCCUCUCAGCUGAGCAACACCCUGCUCCGUAGAAUGAGCCAGCCACCCCCCAGCUCCUGCAUCAGCUCCAGCCUGGGGCGGGGCCUGGCCCCCAAGGCCCACCUUUCCCUGUCUCAGAGCGCCAGCUGUGGUAGUGUGGGCCCACGAGGCCUGUCCGUCUCCCCCAGAGACCCUGGCAGUCGCACCAAGGCUGACCAAAGCCACAUGUACACACGUGAGGAGAGACUAAGACUGACAGCCCUCUGCAGCAGGACUGGGUCAGAAUCCAACGUUCUCCAGGAGUCCUCAUGCUACACAGAUAAUGGACAUGCCUUUGAUACACUCAGUGUGGACAGCUCUGACAGCAUGGAGACCAGUAUAUCUGCCUGUUCACCAGACAAUAUCUCCAGUGCCAGCACGUCUAACACAGCCAAAAUUGAGGAGAUGGAACGUUUGUUACGAGAUGCAGAAGUAGAGAAACAUCGACUUGCGGAACACAGGGAGCGAGAGAUGGAAGUGCGCAGGCAGGCUCUGGAGGAGGAGCGGAGGAGGAGGGUGGUGCUGGAGCAGCUCCUGCAGGAGGAGACCAGCAGGAGGCAGAUGCUCAUCGAGAGGGAGGUGAAGCUGAGGGACAAACAGAGAGCACAGUCCCGCCCGCUGACUCGUUACCUGCCCUUGAGGCAGGAUGAUUUCGACCUGCACGGCCACAUCGAGGCAGCAGGACACAGCCCCCGUGCCUGCUUCCACUUAGCCAUCACUGCCAAGACCUGCCGGGGCUUCCUGGUCAAGAUGGGCGGCAAGAUCAAGACCUGGAAGAAACGCUGGUUUGUGUUUGACAGAAACCGAAGAACUCUGGCCUAUUAUGCAGAUAAGCACGAGACAAAGAUGAAGGGAGUAAUUUACUUUCAAGCCAUAGAGGAGGUCUAUUAUGACCAUUUAAAGAAUGCACACAAGAGCCCUCACCCCUCCCUGACGUUCAGUGUGAAGACCCAUGACCGGGUGUACUACAUGGUGGCUCCCUCUCCUGAGGCCAUGAGGAUCUGGAUGGACGUCAUAGUCACCGGGGCUGAGGGCCACACGCACUUCCUGAUCUGAACCCCUCCUAAAGAAACCCCUCCUGACCCUAACCCUGGUCUGAACCCCUCCUGCAUGCUCGGGGUCAACCCUGGUCUGAACCCCUCCUGCAUGCUCGGGGUCAAGGUUUGGGGUCAGUGGUCGUUACUAUGCAACUACAUGUUGGCUACCUACCAAAAGUCUGCAAUUACAAACAUGAUCCUAUCUGUAAUAUAUUUUUCAAACACACAACUAUACAACAUUGAAUAUUUUUACAUUUUAUUCAUUUAGCAAACGCUAUUAUCCAAAGCAACUUACAAAUAUUACUGUUGAUAAAUAUAGCUUCCACCUGAACCCAUCAGUGAAUCUGGGUCUCUCCUCCUCCCGUCCAGGUCUGUCUGGUGGUGGAAUGAUAGUGCGUUAUGUCAUCAAUCUGUAAUUAGAGAAGUGUAUGCCUGAUGUUUAUUUAUUAAUAAUUAAUUGAACAAACAUUCUGGCAGGUGCAGCUAUAUUCAAGGAUGGUCAUGAGUAUUCGAAUAUUCAAAUAUUCUAACAGACUAGUAUUCAGACUAAUUAUAUUAUUUGAUUAAAUAAUUAUCAAAGAGCUGUGAGAAAAUUCAGAUUUGUUCCAUUUGGUAGCUGAAGUAUUACCUUUAAUUAAAGUUUUGAAAGACUUGAAAUCAAAUUUAGAAUAUCUAAAUUGAAUAACUAGUUCACUGACAAUAUACUGUACCUUUCAGUGCUCCAAUGCUUGGUUAGGUUGUUCUCCUUUGCUACUCAUUGUCAUUCAACAAUGUAUAAAUAUGUUAUUAUAUUUUGGCAAAAUAUUCACGCAAAACUGAAGAAAAUAAAACAUUUUCUAAGGUAAUUAUAUCAAAUCAUAGAAAUGUGAAAAUACAAUAUACGUUGAUAUAUAUAUAUCUAUUAUUUUUAUACCCACACACACUCUACUCAAAUGCCAUUAGCUCAUGCAUUUUGAAUGCUGAUUUAGGUAAAUAACUAAUUAUGGUCUAAUACUAUGCUACGUGAGAGUGGUUCUCUGAGAGACAGUAGUAGUGUUACUACACUUCUACACAUUAGUUGUGCGGUGGAGUGAUGCAGCUCAUAGUGAUCUGUGGGCUGUGCGGUGGAGGUGAUGCAGCUCAUAGUGAUCUGUGGGCUGUGCGUUGGAGGUGAUGCAGCUCAUAGUGAUCUGUGGGCUGUGCGGUGGAGUGAUGCAGCUCAUAGUGAUCUGUGGGCUGUGCGGUGGAGGUUAUGCAGCUCAUAGUGAUCUGUGGGCUGUGCGUUGGAGGUGAUGCAGCUCAUAGUGAUCUGUGGGCUGUGCGGUGGAGUGAUGCAGCUCAUAGUGAUCUGUGGGCUGUGCGGUGGAGGUGAUGCAGCUCAUAGUGAUCUGUGGGCUGUGCGGUGGAGGUGAUGCAGCUCAUAGUGAUCUGUGGGCUGUGCGGUGGAGGUGAUGCAGCUCAUAGUGAUCUGUGGGCUGUGCGGUGGAGGUGAUGCAGCUCAUAGUGAUCUGUGGGCUGUGCGGUGGAGGUGAUGCAGCUCAUAGUGAUCUGUGGGCUGUGCGGUGGAGUGAUGCAGCUCAUAGUGAAUGUUUCUCUGUUGUGGACUGGCCUCUAGUGGAGGAAACAGAUGGUGUCUCCAGGGCUUACCAUAUGCAUACAGCAUACUAUAAAUCUUGUCUGAUCUACUGUAUGUGGAUCAGUUUAAAUGUUUUUACCUAAUGUUUGUUACAUAUUUAUGCAAUUUAAAUAUUAAACAUAAUAAUCAACAAAUUAAGAGUUUACAUUUUGUAUAUUUUUUGGGGGGUUAAUCAUGCAUGUGUAUAAAUUUACAGGAGUAAACAAUUUAUAAUAAACAACCAAUAUGUGAUUGAUCCACGCCUUUUAAUUCACUCUUAAAUUUCUGUAAUGAUUGUAUUGUACAAGAAAUAUAGAAUUACAAAUAUUUGACUGUUAUGGCCGUUUUUGUGAAGUCUGCAGGUAAUAGUGUAUGAAGAAGAUAUAAUGUACUGUCUCUGGGGAUAUGCUGACUUGUGUGGGCUAUUAUGCAUUCUGCUCAACAGUUCUACAGCUGUCCCUCUGCUCUACAGUUCUACACUUCACUUUGUUAACUACUCGUAAGUGGAUGAUCUGAUUUACUCUUACUUUGUUGCUCAGAAUAUCCAUAUGGUUUACGCUAAUUAACAAAAAUGUCUGAAAUGCUUAAGCUUUCUACAUGAUUUACUGAAUGGAUAAGUGAAUGUGUGUAGAUUGUGUGUGUGUAGAUAGUGUGUGUGUGUAAAUUGUGUGUGUGUGUGAGAGAGAGGUUCUCCACAUUCCCAGCCUCUCAUUGGUUGACCUACUGUACAGUAGUAGUGUUGGCAUGGAGACACUGGAAUUGAAGCAUGCUAAAUUAUGUUUAAAGGAGCAUGUUAUUCCUCUUUUAGGGAAGAAUUAUUGUCAACACAAAAAACACAUACAUAGGACACUGACAUGGCCUCGCUUUAAAGUGCAAAAUUGUAUUUUUACUUAUAAUUCUGUAUUGCAUAGCCCAAGUUAAUCACAGUACUGUGUCCCCGGUAGAGUUGAUAUGUUGCCCAUUUCAACGGAUCAUCCUUAACAAUCUUGUCAACGUAACAGCACAAUUCCUGCUAAACAAUUUUGUUAACAUAAAGGGUUUAUGUAAUCUGCUUCCUGUGUAAAUAAUAUGGAAUAAUCACUUUUAAUAUGGAGCAUAAUGCAGUUCAUGACUGACUCCAUUUUUGCCCUGUCUCCCUUUCUAUUUCACUGUUGUGGACUGAAGGUUUUUUCAUUAUGUUUCUUUCCUCUCUUUUUACCUUGGCCUUAUGUGCUAUGUAUUCAUCAUUAUGUUGUGAUAUAAUGUGUUUAUUCAUUCUUAUGU